AUGAAGCUGCCGACGAAGACGAAGUAUUGGANUCCGCUGCUGGCAAAGGACACCUAGAACGGCCGUACAAUGUUCNCCGAUGAUAGGCACCUCAGGCAUAUCUACAGGCCUCACACAUGGCAAAGCUGCUGGGAAGGGCAGCGUCAGAGGCAGUGGCAAGCUUGGCUUUGAGCCAGCACGCGACGACGACAGGCGGCCCGACUAUGCGAAUAAGACUGGCUUGCUGCCCAGCAAUAGCAACACCAUCGUCGAGGGAGUGACGACCUUUGUCAUAGCCAGCUCGCUCACAAAGAUGCCCAAGUGACGCCGCUCUGGCAGGUCGAUUUCACCGAACCUUCGAAGACAAGCUCGAACGAAGCGAAGAAGCGUCGCCGCGAUCACUCAGAGAAGUAGAGUCAUCUCGAGUAGGGAUUUGACGAAAUGCUCGACAAUAAUCGCGGUUCGAUUGGCGCUCAGUACCUGCGAGAUGCCGAAGCGAAC